AUGGAUCGUUCGGCGGAGGUUCCAGCGGGGGCAUCGGCGGUGGAGCUUUCGGCGGUUCUUCAGCUGGGUCGUUUGGAGGCGCUGGUGGAGCCGGCGGCGGACUUUGGAGGUUCUGGUUCCUCUGGCUUCGGCCAUGGUUCCGGAUCCUUUGGUGGAGCCUCAGGUGGCGGCUUUGGAGGAGGAUCCGCUGGUGGAGUUUCCGGUGGAAGCUUUGGAGGUGGAUCAGUUGGAGGAGCCGCUGAUCCCAGGGGCGGUGCAGGAUCCUUCGGCGGUGCAGGAUCCCACGGCGGUGCAGGAUCCUUCGGCGGUGCAGGAGUGGGAAGCGGAUCUUUCGGUGGAGCAGGAAUCACAGGUGGAUCCUUUGGCAGCGGUGCUGGUGCUUCUGCUGGUGGAGUAAGUGCAAGCUACAGUGCCCCAAGUACUAACUUUGGAGCUUCCGGAGGCUCUGCAGGAGGACAUGGCUUCGGAGUCUCCUCUUCCGGCUUUGGAGGAGCAUCUGGAGGCUCCUUCGGUGCUGGAAGCUCCUUCGGAAGUGGAGCGGGAAGUGCUGGCGUGUCCAACAGCUACUCCCCCCCACGCGGAUAG